CGGGCUCCCGUCCCGGCUCGUGCCGCGGCGGCUCCACCGCAGGGCCCGUUGCGGGCUCCAUCCCGCGGUCCCGGGCCGCUCGCGAGGCGACAUGCUGAGGCGGACUCUGGAAAACCGGGACGCCCAGACCAAACAGCUGCAGGAUGCGGUCUCCAACGUGGAAAAGCACUUUGGGGAGCUGUGCCAGAUCUUCGCGGCGUACGUGCGUAAAACGGCCCGGCUGCGGGACAAAGCUGAUCUCCUAGUGAAUGAAAUUAAUGCCUACGCAGCCACCGAGACGCCCAACCUGAAGCAUGGGCUGAAGGACUUUGCUGAUGAGUUUGCCAAACUUCAGGAUUAUAGGCAAGCUGAGGUUGAAAGACUUGAAGCCAAAGUAGUUGAACCUUUGAAAAGUUAUGGAACUAUUGUGAAAAUGAAACGGGAUGAUCUCAAAGCAACUUUAACAGCAAAGAGUCGAGAAGCUAAGCAGUUAACUCAACUAGAAAGGACGCGUCAACGGAAUCCAUCAGAUCGGCAUGUCAUAGCAGAAACAGAAUUACAGAGAGCUACAAUGGAUGCCACCAGAACAAGUCGGCACCUGGAAGAAACAAUUGACAAUUUUGAGAAGCAAAAAAUAAAGGACAUAAAGAAUAUAUUUUUAGAAUUUAUAACUAUUGAAAUGCUGUUCCAUGGUAAAGCUUUAGAAGUCUACACUGCUGCCUACCAAAAUAUACAGAAGAUUGAUGAAGAAGAAGAUCUAGAGAUUUUUCGGAGCUCUCUCUAUCCACCUGACUAUUCAACUCGUUUAGAUAUUGUUCGAGCAAAUUCAAAAUCUCCUCUUCAGAAAUCUAUUUCUAUCAAGUGUAUAUCCGGAUCAGGACAGCAGAUUCCAACCACUCGGAUAAGAAAAGAUCGCCAAGAUGAUGAUGAAGAGGAUGAAGACGAAUUGGAUGUUACAGAGGAAGAAAAUUAAUUUUAUAUGUGCUUUUAACAGUUCCCCUCAAAAUCAUCAACUUCGGCUUAUUAAAUGAGUGUCAAUUGUCCCGAAAAAAAAGCAAUAAGAAAUUAACAUGUACAUAUGUAUACAUAUAUACACCAUUAACAAAUAUUGCAAAAGAAUCUAACAGUUUUUAAAAAUAAA